UUUACUUUAUAAAACAGCUCCAAUUUCUAACUUCACUGCACAUAUAUAUUCAUCAAAUCACCAUAAACCCUAGGUUAGCCGUUCCUUUUCUAGGGUUUCUCAAAUUCGACGUCGUUGCAGCAAACACAAACAUCAGGAGCGAAGUAAUGGCAAGAAUUAAACCACAUGAGUUGAGGCAAAAGCCUAAGGCUGAUUUAUUGAAUCAGCUUAAGGAUCUCAAGGCUGAGCUCGCUCUCCUCCGUGUUGCUAAGGUUACCGGCGGCGCUCCUAACAAGCUCUCAAAGAUUAAGGUGGUAAGAUUAGGAAUUGCCCAAGUGUUGACAGUGAUGUCACAGAAGCAGAAGUCGGCAUUGAGGGAAGCAUACAAGAAGAAGAAGUUUUUGCCACUUGAUCUUCGUCCCAAGAAGACCCGUGCCAUUCGUCGUCGUCUCACUAAGCACCAGGCAUCUUUGAAGACUGAAAGGGAGAAGAAGAGGGAGAGGUACUAUCCCAUGAGGAAGUAUGCCAUCAAGGUGUAGGCUAGGUAUCUAUAAUCUAGGGCGGUUUUCACAUUCCAUGGAAAUUUUGUUCAAAUGUUUGUUAAACUUCUAUAAAGUGAUGUUUCAGAUUAUGACAUUAGCAAGUUAUCUUCUACCUUGUGAUUUUAUGUUGCCUGCAUUUUGUAUUCUUAAAUAGAAUUGUGGUGGUUGUCUUAAUUUUGACAGAGAAAGGUGGUUUAUGCUUUCAAGGCAUGCAGGUAA